AUGGAUGAAAAAUAUUAUGCAACAUAUACUAUCGCCACUAAUCUUUUAUCGAGUCGAAUACCAAAGUCGCCGGAGCCAGGUCCGGACCCCGGGUCACAACCAGCUAUCUCGUCGAGCUCGCCUCAAAGUUCCGAGAAUCAAGCUAUUUUGAACGUUCCCAUUGGUUUCUCAAGUUUGCUUAAAAUUAAUUUACCAACCUUUAACGGAAAGUUUGAUGCUUGGUUAGGGUUCUAUGAUUCAUUGAAUUCGCUUGUUUAUCAAGAUUCGCGCAUUGCUGCCAUUCAUAAAUUGUUUCAUUUGAAAGGCUGUCUCGUCGAUGAAGCCGCGGACGUUAUCUCUACAAUUGAAACAUCAGCAGAAAAUUAUGAAGUGGCAUGGAAAUUGUUGAAAGAUCGCUACGAUAAUCAGAAGGUGAUGCGUUAA